AUGCAAAUACUAUCAACACUCUAUGCAAUUUUAUUAGUGGUAGUACCAUUGUUAUUAGGGUGGUUAAUAAUGUGGAAAAUGUAUAUUUCUAAAUAUGAAUUUGUUAGAGAAUUAUUAGGAUAUAAAAAAGAAAACAAAGAAAAACCAAAAAGUAGAAGAGUAACAAAUGUAGAGUUGGUAAGCAAUCAAAACAAAUCCCAUUUAAAUAAAGGAUUUAAUUAA